AAGGCAAAAGGCCUAUAUUUGAAUAAAAAAAGGCAAAAACAAAGAAAUGAACCUCUUAACAGCAGAAAUAUCAAGGAAACGAGAGGAGAUGAGGAGUGUGAGGGGUCAAAAUGAACAAAAAUAUGUUAAACAGAGAGAUCUUGAAGAAAAAAGAGAAAAAGCUUAUUAUGAGGAGAAAGAAAGGAUAGAUAAUGAAAAAGAAGAACAACGAAAAAAAAAGCGAGAAUUAGUGAUUCAGGAGGAAGAAAAGAGGGUAUUAUUUAAAAAAAGAUAUGAAGAAUCAAGAUUAGAAAAAAAAAAUGAAGGAAAGAUGAAGGGAUUAACAGAAGAAGAGGUUAUUAAAAAGUUUAGAGAGAAAAAGCAACCUAUAUGUUUAUUUGGAGAGACAUUUGAAGAGAAAAAAGAGAGAUUAAUACAUUUAGAAUAUAUAGAAGAGCAAAAAAGAAAACAAGAAGAAAUGAUAGGAAAAGUGGAAUUAGAAGGAAAGGGAGUGGAAUUAAAGGAAGAAAUAGAGAUACUUAGAAAGGAAGCAGAGAAAGAUGAGAGUGUAUUGAAUAUUAACUUGAAUGAAUUGAAAAAUAAUCCAGAAAAUUUGUAUAAAAAAAUAUUAGUUUAUUUUGAGAUAUUGAUUGAUUUGUGGAGAAAAACAUUAGAUGAACGUCCAGAUGAAAUCAAGGAAUCUAAACAAGGGAAAUCAGUAUCAGCAAAUCAGCAACAAUCACAAAAGGAUCUUCAAGUGUUUUUUAAUUUAUUAAAAAAGAAAUCUAUGAAAAGUGAUAUAUUGGAGGGGGUUUCAAAGAUUACAUAUCAUUGUCAAAGACGUGAAUAUAUUAAGGCAAAUGAUGCAUAUCUUCAGCUUAGUAUAGGUAAUGCGGCAUGGCCAAUUGGUGUAACAAUGGUAGGAAUUCAUGAACGAAGUGCACGUGAAAAGCUUCAUACAGGACAAACAGGUCAUGUUUUAAAUGAUGAAGCUACUAGAAAAUGGUUACAAGCGAUUAAAAGACUUCUUACAUUUAUACAGUCAGUGAAACCACCUGAUGAUCGAAAUCAACUUAUGGGUUAAAAUAAGAAUAUUUCAAGCCUAUAGUAAAUAAUAUAACAAAUAAUUG